AUGGCAGGUGAGGCAGACCAUGGACCUCUGGGCACUUUUAAGUGUCAGCUCUGCGCCCUGACGGCACCCUACAGCUAUGUGGGCCAGAAGCCCCCUGAUACUCAGUCUGUCGUCCUUCUGGAGGAGAGCUACGUCAUGAAGGACCCCUUCAGCCCCGACAAGCAGCAUUUCCUGAUCCUGGGCUCAAGAUGCAGCGCCUGUGGCCGGCUGGUGUGCGUGAGUCCGGACUGUAGCCUGUUCUACUGCAAGCGCUUCUGCCUCCCAUGUGUCCGCGAGCACCUCAGCGCCUUCCCAGAGGAAAUCCGGCAGGACCUGGAGAAAAGGAAAGCCCCCGCCAAUAAGCCGCCCAGUCGACCUGGGACCUGACCGGGAGGGCUUGGUCCAACACCUGGCCCUACCCUGCCUGAAUUCUGGGGUCAGGCAGGGGCGUGGAGGCCCGAACCAGCCGAGGGGGGCUCUGGUGUUCCCUAUGGCAAGCGGUGCUUGGAGCCCACAGUCCCAGGACCCACCGAGAGGAGAGUGACUUGGCCCCGGGAACCAAAACCAGUGUGCAGACUUGGGGAGAAGACAGGUUUGCUGCAGGGGAUUCCCUGGAGGGCUGGAGUCAGGGCAGAGGGAGGUGCUGCAGGGGUGCUAGGGGCGAAGGAGCAUCUGCAGAUGCUGUGGAGUGUCUGGCUAGACCUCAUUGCACUUAU